AUGGCCACCCAAAUCGAAAAGUUACGGAGAGACCUCGUUUACAUCAGGCAGGCAUUCACCGGGCUCAAGAAUUUUGAAGAAAGCGCUAGCGCUCUUUUCAAGAUUCUCCUACAACCGCAGCACAGCCUCCACCAACUCUUGGAUCAGCCCACUCAAUUCCACAUCCAUGACUCGCGAGUGAAGCAAUUUCAAUCCAAGCUUUGGGUCCACAGUGAGAUAAUCAUCAAACUAAAACUCCUAAUUCCGUCCCAGCACCAAAUGGUGUUGAACAAGGCUAAUCCUUUGUCACUGACUGGCGUUGUGUUCGAUCCCAACAAAGUACUUGAUCAAUUGUCUGACUUACAUUUCAGUAAGGUUUUUGGAGAUAGCCCCACUUUUAGAGAUUUUUGGGUUGUAUAUAACAGUCUUUGUGUUACUACAAAGCUCUGCUUGUUGUGUUUUGCUGUGUUUCCAGCAAAUGAGGUUGUAAAGAAGGGGCUUCUGGUACAUUGGUGGAUUAGAGAAGGGUUCCUGAACCCUCCUGUUGAUGGCAAAGAGACGGUCAUGGAAAUUGCAGAUGGUGUAUUUGAAGAGUUAACAAAGAAGGGCUGCAUUGAACCUCUUUACAAGAAACGGAGAUCAGUUGUGCGUAGUUUUAAAAUGCACCCUCUUAUUCGUUCCGCAGUGAUUGUGAUUGCCAAAGAUGUGAGAUUCUUUGAUUUUGAUGGUAAAGGAAAUCCCACUGCCAACUUUUCAUGGUCUCACCGGGCUUGCUUGAUGAAUGGUUCUUCUCAUCUGACAUUGGCAAACAGACCCGAUUUGGAUCCAGAGAAGCUACAGACUAUAUUCAAUGUGAAUGAGGCUUAUCCAGAUUUUUCCGAAGUUGACUGGUCUAGGUUAAGGAAUGUGAAGGUUCUUUAUCUUGGAAGGUGGCACGGCAGAGCUAAUCAUCACAUUGAAGUAGAUGACGUUGAAUUCUUUAAAGGGUUGAGGUAUAUGAGACAUUUGAUUUUCUUCAGCCUACAAGGGAUAUCUAGGAUUAUGGAGCUUCCUGAUUCACUGUGCAAGCUUUCUAGUAUGAGGAUCUUGGAUCUUAGUAGGCUUGCUUAA